AUGGUAAGAAGACGAUCUGUAACUUUGAUGUCAAAAAACAGACACGCCUCAAGUAACAAAAUUCUAGAUACAUUAAUGAAGGAAAAUACAACAGAAGAAUUAGGAAGAAAUCGAAAUAUAAUAAAUAAUCAUGGAAAAUCUUCAAAAAAAAUUUUGUGGAUUUUUAUUGGCUUAUUUAUUAUUUUAGUAAUAGCUUCUGUAUUAGCUUUAAGUGGUGUAUAUUAUAAAUAUGUAAUGAAUAAAAAAGAAACUCUUGCAAAAGAUAGUUAUUUAAAACAUUUAAUAAGUCAAGUAAAUCAAGGAAAAAAUGUACGUUGGAAAGCUAAGUUUAAUAAAUUUGGUGAAAAAGUAAAAAAUUUUAAUUAUGAAACAGUAAGAAAUAGUACAGCCGUAAAAGAAUACGUAGCACAUUUAGAAAAAUUUUUCAAAUCAGAUCGAAUGAAAUCACAUUUACAAAUGUUGGAAGAUUUUCCUAAAUCCCAAUUACCAAAAGAAUUUGAUGCUAGAAUUAAAUGGCCUAAUUGUCCAACUAUUUCAACAAUUGUUAAUCAAGGUAAUUGUGGAUCAUGUUUUUCUGCCUCAGCAGUAUCUGUAGCAUCUGAUAGAGCAUGUAUAGGUAGUAAUGGUACAUAUCAAAAUUUCUUAUCAAUAGAAGAUGUUUUGUCAUGUUGUAAAAUUUGUGGUUCUUGUUAUGGAGGAGAUCCACUUAAAGUAUUAGUUUAUUGGGUUUUAGAAGGAAUUGUUACAGGAGGUAGAGAUGGUUGUAGACCUUAUAAUAUGGAUAUUUCUUGUGGAACACCUUGUAGUCUAUCAACUUAUAUUGAAGGAGAAUAUAGAAGAUCAUGUAUUCGAAGUUGUCAAAAUACUUAUUAUCAAAAUGAGUAUGAAGAAGAUAAACAUUUUGGAAGUAUUGCUUAUACAUUAGUUUCAAGAUCAAUGACAAUUAAUAAAAAUGGUGAUAAUCGUGUAAUACUUUCAAGUAUUGUUGAACAUUUUAAUAAAUCUUCACCAACACCUUUGACAUCAGAAGAGAUUCGUACAAUAAUAAAAAAAGAAUUAUUUUUAGCAGGACCAACAACAAUGGCAUUUCCAGUAACAGAAGAAUUUUUACAUUAUAGUAGUGGUAUAUUUCAUCCAUAUCCAGAAGAAAAUUUUACAAAAAGAAUAAUUUAUUGGCAUGUUGUAAAACUUAUUGGAUGGGGAACUGAUUCUGAUGGAAAACAUUAUUGGCUUGCUGUAAAUUCAUUUGGAAAUUAUUGGGGAGAUAAUGGAAUAUUCAAGAUUGAUACAUCUUUAAUGGAACAUUUUGGUCUUGAAUAUGAGGCGGGAUUAUUGUAA